AUGACAUUAACCUCCUGGCUAACAAGCUCCCCCGAGCAACCCACCGAUACCACCGAUCCCAACAGCUUCGCCUCUCUCGUCAACAAGAUGACCCUCGCCGCUAUAAAGUCAGACGCCGAAAACAGCUACAAAGAAAAGUACCUACGACUCCGUAGGCAGAUCGACUCAGACGCCGUUCACAACGAUCUUCGCGCUGAAAUCACCUCUCUCUUAGCCAACAAGACCAAAUACGAGACUAAGCUCCGCGACACCGAAAAGGCGAAAACGAGCGCAGACAUGCAGGUCGUUGCCCUUGACCUUGUGAUCAAGGAUACGAAUGUGUACUACAAGUCCAAGCUAGAGACUGCAGAAGUGCAGAGGAAGGGGCUUAAGGAGGAGAAUAGGAGACUGAGGAUAGAUGGGCAGCAUAUGAAAUCUUUGCUUCUCGCUCAUGGGAUUCGUGUACCAGCGCAGAGUUCCACGAAUGAAGACAAGCAAUCUCCGGAAUCUGAGUCUGCCCCCGAGCUAACGGAUGAUAGCGAUAUGGACGAAGCGGUUGAACUUAGUCUUGGCAAGCUAGCCACGGGUCCAGAGGAAGUUUGCCCGCAGUGGUAUAAUCACGGUACGUGUAGUCGUCGGCGCGGUGAUACUCCCGGAGCGUGUGAGCUUGGUGCACAUCCAUACCUUGUUGGAUUUGGUACGUCCGUAAAGGAGUAG